CGAAGCGAAAGUUUUCUGUUUCGCGCCAGCUGAUAAAACUUUUUUUUUUCUUGCUCUGCUUUUUCUAUUAUAACAUAACUCUGACGCAGCGUCACGAGAUGAAUCUGAAAUCACCAUUGCUCGAAAAUAUGCGCUCUUCGUAUUGUUUGUUUCUUCACUUAGCAGAAUUCGUGUUGAAAUCGUAGCUGGGGCGGAUUUUUAGAUGACGUUCGGAUGUAGCAGAUUUCUACCGUUCGAUAACAUGUGUUCUUAAACGAUGUUCUUAUUGAAAACUUUUUAAUCAAUAUUUAAUUAAAAGAAAAGUUUGUAUGUUUCGAAGGCGGUUUAUUUCCUAAGUGUAAAUUAAUUAUUUCACUAAUAUAUUGAUGCAAAGUUCUUAACAGACUUUAGAAGUAUUAUUUCAAAAAUGACGCGUUGUGGAAAAGCUUGUAAGGAUAAUAUGUCUUUGAAUUCCAUGUACAAAGCAUUUACACGAAGGAAAUACAUCCCUGACGAAAGUUUGACCAAAACAGAGCUUGAUCGUUGUUUAUCAACAUUUGACUUAACAUUUUUAGGUGUUGGAAGUACUCUUGGCCUGGGUAUUUACAUUUUAGUUGGUCAGAUUGCAAGCUCCAUAUCUGGACCUGCUGUUGCUCUUUCAUAUUUCAUUGCUGCUGUUGCAUCUAUUUUUGCUGCCUUUUGUUAUGCUGAAUUUGGAGCCAGAGUUCCUAAAACUGGGUCAGCAUACGUGUAUAGUUAUGUUACUGUUGGAGAAUUCAUGGCGUUCAUCAUAGGUUGGAAUUUGGUGUUAGAAUAUGUGAUAGGUACAGCUUCAGUAGCCCGAGGCUAUAGUAAUUAUUUGGACUCUAUUUUUAAUGAAACCAUAGCAAGGCAUUUAAAUGCAACUUUGCCUAUUAAUCUUCCAUCACUUUCAUCAUAUCCUGACUUUUUAGCUUUUGGUAUAACAUUAUUAUUAACUGUGAUGCUGUCAAUGGGUGUCAGAGGAUCUUCUGUCUUUAACAAUGUGUGCACAGUGUUAAACUUGUUAGUUGUAACUUAUGCUGUGAUAGUUGGUUUAUUCAAGGUAGAUAUUCAUAACUGGAAAUUAACUCCUGAAGAAUUACCAAGUAAAGAUUUUGGGACAGGAGGUUACUUCCCUUAUGGGUUCCGAGGAGUAAUGUCCGGUGCAGCAACCUGUUUUUAUGGAUAUGUAGGAUUUGAUUGUAUUGCUACUACAGGUGAAGAAGCUAGGAAUCCACAAAGAUCAAUUCCAAUAGCUAUCAUUGGCUCAUUGAUGAUAGUAUUUGCAGCAUAUUUUAGCAUAUCAUCCAUCCAAACUUUGAUGUGGCCAUAUUAUGCUCAAGAUGUAGCGGCUCCUUUACCAUAUGUUUUUCAAAUGGUUGGCUAUCCAGUAGCCAAAUGGGUCAUAACUAUUGGAGCAUUGGCUGGACUAUCUACGAGCCUUCUUGGUGGAAUGUUUCCUCUACCUAGGAUUUUAUAUGCUAUGGCUCAUGAUGGUUUGAUUUUCAAGUUUUUAGCCAAAACACAUCCUAAAUAUAAAACACCUAUGAUUGCAACUUACAUUAGUGGAGUUUUUACUGGUUGCAUGGCAAUGAUGUUUGAUGUUAAGACACUUGCUAACAUGAUGUCUAUUGGCACAUUAUUGGCUUACACCUUGGUUGCUGUAUCUGUUUUAAUUUUACGGUAUCGUGUUGAUGAGGAGGUUAUACCGAUGUCUGCAUUACUUAUAAACAAUAGAAAAUUGUCUGGUUCUACAACUGAUUAUGAUGCAUUUGAAUCUUCAUCAAUUGAUGCCAGUUCAUCAACACUUACCGAUAAUCCAUAUUAUAUUAGGAAAAUGGCAAAGAAAAUCAUGAGUGCUAUUACAUCCUCCACAAGCACCAUGCUCCAGUCUACUCAGCAUUAUUCUUAUAGAGAUAUUUUUGAACAAAUAUUUAAUCGAGAAAAUAUUGAAGUUCAAACAAAGUUAUCAUCACGGGUCAGCAUGUGGAUUAUUACAGCCAUUGGUGGUUUCCUCAUCAUUUUGGAUGUUUUGUUAACGGUUUUAGAAGAUGACCUAUAUGUAAUGGAUCCUGGAGCAUGGUUUUCUGUUGGAAGUAUGUUCGUUAUUGUUGUCAUUUUGACAGUUGCAUUAGCACGGCAGCCUUCGGACAAUAAGAAACUCUCUUUUAAGGUACCUUGGGUGCCAUUUAUUCCCAUACUGAGUGUAUUUGUGAAUAUCAAUCUCAUGCUUAAGUUAUCUAUAGAUACCUGGUAUCGAUUCUUGUAUUGGAUGAUUGCUGGUUUCCUAAUAUAUUUUGGGUAUGGUAUGUGGUACAGCUCAGAACGCAAGUUGCCAGCCGGUAAGUUGCCAACUUUAAUUGAAGCAACAUCAGAUGUAGAAUCUGAGGAGGAAGUGAGGAAGUCUGAACAGUCUCCUUUAUUGCCACAAAAGAGUUGAUUGUGUUUGAUGGGUUAUACAUAGUUAUUCUUAAGUCAGAAUGCAGCAGUUGCAUAGAUUGCUGUUUUGUUUUAGGCAUUGCAGAAAUGUGAUAUUGAGAACUGUAUGCAAAUGAACAAAUUCAGGCUUUUUUUUCUCUAAGUAUUAAGCAUUGAAUGCCAGUGUAGGAUUGAAAAUAUAUUGCUUUUCACUUCAUUAUAUUAAAUGAAUGAUUAUUUUUUCCUGCACCUAUUUGCUUUUCAACAGAAAUUUUUGUUUGCAUACAACAUAUUAUUUGUGUUAGUAAUUGUCAGUACACACUUUAUUAAUUUCUUAUUUGUAAAAUUUUGUUGUAAGAAAACAGAAAAAUUCUUUUAAAAUAUUUUUUUCUGUUUCUGUUGAUAUACUUUUAUGGCAUUCCAUAAUGAAUUGUGAUCUUCUGAAAAUACUAUAUUUGAAACAGUGAUUACCUUUAAACUUGUAGAUAAUGUAAAUAAUACGUAUAUAUUUAUUUAUUUUUCAAAUAAAUAUACAAGGUGUUUGAUAAAAAAAAAAAUUAGAACAUUCAUUUCAUGCAAAAAUUUUUUAUUUAAAUGUGUUUUGAAUAAGAUAUAAUUUUAUUUUAAUAAUUGUUUUUUUAUUUUAAUGAUCAAGUUGGAAUUUAAUUCAUUAGUAUAAUUUCUGAAAAUUCAUGUUCAAAGCAUUUCAUAUACUCAAGCUUUCAAAAUAAAUUUAUAUAUUUUUAAUGUGAUUAGGAUUGAAUGACUUAAAUAUUUGGCUGUUGUUACUAUUCUUAAUUUUGCAGACUUUCAAAAUAUUUUCCUCAAGAAAAAUCGAACCAAACUGUAUAUUUUGUAUGUCUAUCAUCUUUAUUUAUUGAGCAACAUGGCUUUUAUGUGAAGAAUUACAAACUUAUGUUUAUCAUUCAUAAUGAAUGUGUUUAAAAUUUGCAUGCAAUUGAAUAUCAUAUUGUAUUUUAAGUAACUCGUUAUGUUUUAAGAGAUAUCUAUAAGAACAAAUGUUCUUUGUAUUGAUAAGAAGGUAUUUUUUAAUUAAUUAAAAUUUGAAAUUUUUAAUAUAAAGGAGUGUCUAAUAUAUAAUUCAAUGUAACUAUUUUUAUAUAUACUGAUGAAGAAUAAAAAUUUGUAGAAUAUUGUACUUUGUGUGAUCAUAAUACAAUAAUAUAAUUGCAGUUUACUUAUUAUUUUUGUGAUAAAAAUUAAUAAAUGAUACUGUACUUCUACAUUUUUAAUAUUGCAUAUUUGUACUUUGCACAUCUUUUGAUUAAUGGAUAUGUUGUUUAACUUUUUUUCCUUUUUAACUACUAUUAUUUGAAUCUAAUUCUUGAAUUCAAUUUUCAUUCUUUUAUAAUAUAUUUUUUACGAUGAAAAGUGGAUUUUAAAAGGAGACAUUUAAUAAUUCUUGAUUAUGAAAUAUUGGUUUAACAUCAAAUGUAUAUUUAGUGUAUUAUGUAUAUCUUUUAUGAUGUAAAUAACAUUUGUCCGAGAAUAAUCUGUAUAUUAUUCAUUACAAAUUCGCGAAUCUCAUGGAAUUUUGUGGUUCCCAAUCCAAUAAUGAUUUGAAGAUUUUUAUUGCAAAAAUUAUAGCCAUGAAAAGACAUAUCUUUUAAAAUUAAAUUUGUAUAUAUGUGCAUAUAUUUGUAUGUAUCCGGUUUAUGAUCAUUGUCUUCCAUGGCAUUCGGUGCUGAAUUCUAUGCAUUAACAUACUUUAUAAAUACUAUCAUUAAGUUUGGGAAAAGAACAUUUUCUAAAAAUAAUUCUGUUGUCACAUUAUGACAGAGAACCUGUAUGGUCUUCAAGAAAAUGCUACUUGAUGGUGAAUUGAAAAAUUGAAAAGUGUUUUGUAGCUGCAUAUCAUAUGGCAUUGUCUUAGUGAGAAACAUGCUGUGUAAUAAUGAAGGAAAUGAUUUCCUUCAGUUUCUACUUAUAAGGAGAAGUGUGUUAGACCUACUGCACUAUUACUUUUUACCUACUACACUAUCUAAUAGGAUUUAAAUUAAUAUUUUAUUGACUUACAAAAAACAUUACAUUGUUAUAAGGGAAUGUCUUGUUCCCCUUCUCCACACAUAUUAAUAUAGAGUAAUUGCAUCUUCUUAAGAAAUAAUUGUUAAUGUCUUCUUUCAAAUGAAAGUAACACCUUGCUUUUUUUUGUUAGCAAAUCUGUAUACAUAUAUACACAUAUUUGUAAUUUUAUAAAUUGCACAGUUAACGUUUUUCUUAGCAAAAAAAUUUAUAAAGGUAAACUAAUCUGUGUUUCUUCAGUGUGAGUUAUCUUCAAUGACCAAUUAAAAUGAUUUCUUUUCAUUAAAGACAUUGAAAAGAAUGAUCAGUAUUGAAUAGUUUUUAAAAAUAUUUUCUGUGAUUUU